CCUCGGGGCUCUCGCUCUACUAUCUCACUCUCCAAUAAGAAGGUUACUUGGACGUUUCAUCAAAUGAAAGGUCUGCGCGAGCCUCCGUGUAUCAAUCUUCAGGAUUCUGCUCUUCUACCCAAGCAAACAUUCCUUUCAUACCAAGGGUUGUCUCAAGGCUCUGUGCUUCGGGCGAUGUGUCGAGGUCACAUGGAAGGCGCUGACGGCGGUGUCUUCUCAUAUCUGUUUGUUUUCAACCCACAUCAACGCAAACUUGACGACACAUUACGGACCACACUUUUCAAAUUUAACAUCACGGACAAGUCAUUUAAGUCAAAUCCCAGCGAAAUGACCACACGAGCGUGGUCGGAACACGACCCAAAGGCUUGUAUUUGCCCGCCCGGCUCGGAGAGCGUCACCGAUGCGGACAUUAUGAGACGUUUCGAUGACCACUAUUCUGAAUACGAGUCGGCUCGAAAAGAGGGGAAAACCGAUAUGGAGGCUAGUCAGACGCUGACAGUCUCAGUCUGGCGAUCUAUUGCGAAAGAUUUCAUGUGCAAGCAGGGUCAUUGUACCCGAAGGCGGGGUACUGUAGCAACCUGGAACCUCUGCUCGAGUACUUGGGCAAAGUCAGCCGUUGACAAGUACUCUCCAUCUCAGAGCGAAGGCAGUCAUGACCAGUGAGGCCUGAUCUCGCUUCCCCCCUAGAUCGUGUCACACACCCCUUGGAGCUUUAGAGUCGGCAUCCCGCUCGAGGUGACAGUAUCUAUGCAU